AAUCGCUCUGGAAACAGAAACAGGGAGGACUGACGCGUGGGUCUGAUACAGAGACACUGUGGAGCGAAUUGCAGCCAGGAUUUUAAGCAAGAUAGUUAACGAGCUUCAAUAUAUGAGCAUUAAAAGUAGAAGUUUAGUGUAAAGCAGGUGGACUUGGGGCGAAUUAAAGGUAAUCAGCAAUGACCCAACAAGGAGCUGCACUGCAGACAUACAACAACGAGCUGGUCAAGUGUAUAGAGGAGCUGUUCUUGAAGAGGGACGAGCUGAAUAAGCAGAUCCAGCAGGAAGAAGAGGAGAAGACUCGUCUCCAGCAUGACAUCCGUGUGCUCACGGAGAAGUUAAACCGCGUGUCCGAGAGUCUGGACCACCGCCUCACUACCCGCAGCGAACUAGACCGGACCAUCGCUGAGACGGAAGCUGCAUACAUGAAGAUUCUAGAAAGUUCUCAGACCCUGUUAAGUGUUUUGAAGAAGGAGACUGGGAACCUCAGCAAAGCCACAGAUCCCAGGCGCAGCAAAGACCGUUUACCUCUAUAGUCGUUUCCUUUAAUUUCAUGUUGAAAUGCCCCGAUACCAUGCAGCAUUUAACCCUUUCAUAUCUUGAUAUUUUAAUAUUGAAUUCAUUUCCUACUAUGGCGAUGCACUGUAUUUAAAUGGGACGUUUUUAAUAAAGGUUAUUUCUAGGGA